CUUAACAUUAAUAAUAAACUUCCAUUGCUUAUCACUUAGAAAUCGUCUUGACAGCGAAGCAUAUAUAAUAAGGCGAGUAAGUUUUUAAAGCCCAAUCCUCAACCCGCCAAUAAUAAAUUCCCUCCAAAAUGUCAGACUCAGACCCAUUGGCUCAGCAAAUCUGCCUCUUCCGCUCCCUAAUCAAAAGCAGAAGACUCGACGACGCAGCUCUUCGUAUCCUCGAAUCUCUUUUGGUUUCCAAAUCUGUGAAAUCGCUCAAGGAAGUCCAAUCCACCUUGAGAGUGUUCCUCAGAUCCGAAUCUCUCUCCGCCAUUCGCGAAAACGCCUACAAAUCUGUCCACCAAAAGCUUAUCACUCUUGAAUUCUUCGUCCGCGCUUUCGCUCAAACAGCCGACGUUGAGAGUUGCUUGGCUUUGAGAUACGAGGCCUUGCAUAUGCGGGAACUCAAGUCUACAAGUUGCCAAUGGCUAGAAGUUUCUUAUUUGGAAUGGCUAAAUUUUGCCGAACACUCGUUGGAUAAUGGUUUCUACUCUAUUGCUGGAAAGGCAUGUGAAAAUGCAUUAUUAUGUCUUAAGAAGACUGAUAUUGCAAACCCCAAAAUAGAUGAAUUAUUUGAAAGUGUGCAAGUUUAUGAAAAAAUAAAGAGACUAAAAGAUUUUGCUAUGACGUCAGCCGCUUCACGCUCUGUUCAGGCGCAAGCUGCAGAGUACUUGACAAAGAAGAGGACUGAGAAUGGAAAAAUAAUACAUCCUUCAUUGUGUCAAGAGACAAAAUGUGUAGCAAGCACUAUGUUCAGAAUUGGAAUCAAGAAGAGAAAUGAACGAAAAUUGCAUGACCUGCAACGUACUACCAGUAAAUCAUAAACCAUUCAACUUUGAGGUCAUUGCAUUCUGGUCCCUUCCUUUUUUGGUAUUUUGGAAGCUAGUGCCUUACUGGAUUUACACUUCAUGGUAAUUUAGGUGGCACCUAAUGGAUUGUAAUGAUGCGCUUUUUUGGAUACGGCUUGUUCAUGUUACUAACUUUUACUCAAAUUUUGGAGGUUUCUGCUCAAACUUCGAAGGACCCAAUAAUUCGUCCAGGGCUGGGACACCCUUUUUUGACAGUAAACAGUUUUCAUGUCAGAAAUGAACUCUUUUACAACUUUAAUCACAUGCUUUAAUAGCAGCAAAAAACCAUGUUUAGUCAAAAUGUGGAAUCAUGAUCAUUCAGUGAUCUUGAUUUUUAGCCGACGCAAGUUUGUUUCAUAGACUUGAGAUAGGCCUCGUGGGCCAACCAUAGACAAUUGUGGUACUGUCUGUCGCUCAGCCUUGACCACGCCCUUAACGUGAAUUAUAUGUCUAGGACAAAGUGGAUAGUUAAGUCAUUUUUAGGAAUAUAUUCUCUAUGUUAAUAAUAAGAAUAUAUGUACUGUUAUUAUUCAAAAGUUGGGGUUGAAUUACUGAUAAGGCGAUAACCUUU